AUGGCGCAUGAAAUGCGGAAUGCAUUGCAGGUCGCCCAAAGACUCAUGGCCGUCUACGAAACGUCUUCCCUUCGGCUCUGGUUACCCCACCUCUCGACUGCGUGGCUCGGCGUAACCCCAAGAACUUUCAUCUUGGAUGAACGGACUGGUAUUCCAAUGGAUGAUCAGUCGCCCGAUCGCGAUACGAGCCUUUCCAACGCCGAAACCGAGGAAGCACUGGCUGAACAAGGCACGGCAGUGAUACACUAUGAAUACUCCGGUGCGACGCAGAUCUCAGAGAAAUUGCAGUCCCCCUCCAAAAAGAUCGUAUCGUUCCGACAUCCGUGGCUAUUGAUUUAUCAUCUCUGGCGCACCCCGUUCGUAUUGCACAUCCGGCUCCGUUUGUCGAGCUUCCUCCGGUCCGUUCAGCACUCCAACCACCUACGGCACGCUCUCAAAAAUGCUGCCGGAGUUGCGUUAUUAACUCUUCCAGCAUUUCUCCCCGAAAAUUCGGCAGGUAAGAUCUGCUAUGAGAUUGUUAUCGUCAUCCAGAAACAGAGAUAG